CAUUGAAAAUCAGUGCUUAUUUGUGUGAUGUCAUGAAAUUAAAAAAAGUGAAAAGUGUGCGAUUGUAAGCAACAAAAAUUGUGGCAAAAAAGCGGUAAAAAACUGAAAAAUGUUUCAAUGCGCGGUUUUCUUAAAUAAAAUUGUGACUUUUCAUAGCGAAAUUUUACUAUAAGAAAACGUGAAUUGAUUUGAAAAACUGGCGCAACAGGAAAAAGAGCAGCAUGUGGCGAGAUGCUUGAAGUGAUCAACUACUCCGACUAUCGCAUAAAAAUAACUGUGAAGUAAAAGUGUUUUGAUUACUUUGACUCAGUGCGUUAACUUUGCAAAGUUACUACGAAAAAUAGUUGCAUUUAAAUGCUUCAUUGUGUAUGUGUGUGUGUGUAAGUUAGUUUCGAUUAAGUGAAGUGAAAACAAUGUCUGCCAUCUCAAAAACCACAGCAACAACAGCAACCAAAUCAAGCAAUAACGCCAACACUACUGCCACCACCGCCAGCAGCACCGCCACUACCAUUCCCAACAACAACAGCAGCAGCAAUAACAGCAGCGGUAUUCAUACUAGCGUACGCAGCAAAAUAAGCACUCCUACAAAUAGCAACAACAACACUGCCACAAUAAAUACCUCAACAGCCAAUACAUUCUCGUGCACAAAGACAGCUGAAGCCACUCCAGCAGCGCCACCACUUUCACUAUUCGACCAGCUUAAGAAUAGCGCAAAUCUCAAUAACAUCAAAUGCAGCAACAUCAACAGUCUAUUCAAUAGCAGCAAAUUUAAAACCCAAAAGAAUCUCACCGAUUGGCGUAGAUUUGCCGAGGAUGAUAGCAGCAAUAAUAGCGACAGCAGCAGCAGCAGCAGUAGCUCCAGCAGCGGUGUCAGCGAUGUCGGCCUCAGUCGCGGCUUUGGCGCUCAUAUUCGUUUGAGCGAAAAUUCGAUUAAAGACUCUUUUCAGCAAAAGUUUGUUGCCUCCGUUUUGGGCAACAGCAGUGAGAAUUUGAAAUCAACGAAAAAAGACUCGCCGCAACUGGUGGCCGUAAAACUAAGCAAUGCAACAAUUAGCAGCCAGAAUAGCGCUAGCAAAAUGAAUACAAAGGAAGUGGAAGAUGCGUCGCCUGCAACAAAGCCGCUUGCGGGCGCAACAAUUGUCGCCGACAAACAAGAAUCGGAGGCGUGUAGCCACAUUUUAGAUCUCACUUUGCAGCCCGCCAAGCGUAAUGUGAGCCUUAGAGCGCCAGCAAUAGCAACAAAAAUAAACGCCGAGGCCGAGACAAAGACCAGCAAGCCAACACCAGUAGAUAUCACCAAAAAAGCCACAGCAGCAACAGUUGUGGAUAAGACAAACAGUAACACCUCCAUUAAGGGCAACAACAACAGCAAUGGUGGUAAUGUUGUUGCGCAGGUCGAUAGCAAAUUGUCCAGCACAACCGCAAACGCCUCCAAUGUAGUUAAUCAGCCUGUUCAGGGCGAGAGGGAAAGUGUCAGUAAGAAUGUCAACAGCACUGGCAGCAGCAACAGCAACAGCAACAAUAGUCUCGGCCACAGCAGCACUAAUUGCGUGUCAACAUCAUUGACGAGCGCGAGCCAGCAACAACAAACACAACAAGAGCAGGAGCAGCUGCAAAAGCAAAUAAAAUUCUCGAUGCCGACACUGCCACCGCCCUCAGCAAGCACGGCUGUGGCAUCUGCAACGAGGUCUGCAAUGGAUAACAAAAACAAGCCAUUGACUGUUGGUGGCUGCGUGGGUAUUGUGCGUGGCACUAAAAGAGCUGCAGGUGCCGCCGCAUUAGCAACAACAAGUGAAGCGGGGGAAACUGCCACCUCAAUGUUGAACCAUUUCACCACACCUGCAUCGGUGGCCCCAAUUGCGGCACAUUAUUUCGCACAGAACAAACGACAAAAACAAGGCACGCCCACAGCCGCAACAGCUGCAACAACAGCAGCACACUUUUCCACUGGUUUGCUUAAUGACCAACAACAAAAACAAUACAUGGAAAACUUGAAAGCCCUACUCGAUUCCGAUAAGCUGAACUCGGUUUACGCGCAUCAUCAGAAUGGCAACGAUCUCAAGGCCGUCGUCUAUUCGGCGCUUACGAGCGCUUUGUGCGGCGGCAAUAGUGCAACGGCGACAGCGGCUAGCAAGCUUUUGGCUGCCGCCAAUCAGGCAAAGAAGAAACGCAAGAAGAAGCGGUGCACGGAUCGAUGCGAUUCAUCGGAAUCAUCUGACAGGUAAGCGAGAGUUGUGUAUAUCUCACAUCUGUUAUCAGGAACUCCGUUUGCCGGAAGUGUUCAAAGUGCAAUCCUAGUCAUCGC